UAUGGAUGAGAGUUUACGGUCAAGUGCUGUUGACUCCUGCUGAGCAUUGCAGCCUUGUUGAUAAUGUGCAGUUUUAUUUUUUAAUGAAUGACAGCUGCCUCUGGAUACUCCUCUUUCAGUGACAAUUGAUGACACAAUCUCAAUAAGGUUAAUAAUCCAGGGUGAAGUGAGAGCGUGUAAGCAUUUGCUCCAAAUCCAAGUAACUGUUUUGUGUGACACAAGACCAGCUAGCUACGUCAGAGCAUGCUGCGCAUAUUUGUAUUGGAUGCACGCAGGGUGGAAGUGAAGUGAACGGUACUGUAGUCUUCAAGCAAGCCAGACAGAGCUGUCGGUUAUAGCCUUUUCUAAACCCCAUAGGGUUCAUUAGAAAUUUGACACAUGGUGCACAUUUGUCUCUUAAGUGUACCUAGUAUUUUUUAACUUGUCAUAAAGUCGCUGUCAAGUCGCAAACCUAGCGGUUUAGCUGGCUGGCUAGUGAUAAUGAACUGUUGUGCAUUGUGUACAAUCAGCCAGCGCUGCUCCGGGCUAAUGUUCCUUUAGCUAUCUUGCUGUCACUGACAUGACUCGUUGCUCUGACGACAUGAGAUGUUCGCAUAACGUUUUAUCUGCUGGACGUUUAAUUGCUACAGCAUUUUCAGUAUGGACAGCGAACGCAGCAACUGCAGGCCCCAGAUUGGAGACAAUAGCAAGCUAACCUAGCUGUCGUGGCUGCUAAGCUUGCUAAAAACCGUCUGCCUGGUGCAUUUCUGGAGCAGCACUGAAAACAUCGAGGUUCCUGCACCAUGGACCAGGAAGAUGUAACAAACCAAAUCACAGUAGCUUGUAGCCAACCUUUUUUCCACAACAACAACCCGACUGUGACUGAUCAAGAUCCAGCUGCCCAGCAGUCCAGUUCAGACAUCAUGUCUUCACAGUCCAAAUGGGUCAACAGCAGCACAGAAGACACUGACCUGGUCGUCACUGAGGAUGAGCUCAGUAAUGGCACAUGUGAAGUUGAGGCUAUGGUUGCAUUACACUGUACUGGUGACAGUGAAGAUGUUACUGCUGAGGGUGACCGUCUUGGACUUAGCAAUGAUGGCAUGUCAGAGUUUUCUAACAGUGACCUUUCUCUGCCCGAGGUCUGCAUUUCAACCAACAACCAUAGUUUUGAGGAGGACAUGAACUAUGAGGUCCAGCAAGCUUAUAGGAUAUUCACUGGCUUUCUCUUAGACAAGCACAAAGGGAUCACCAGCCCUUUCCUCCAUCCCAUCGGCCACCAGGAGGUCCAGCAUGGCAUUGGAGGAGUCCGGGGUUGGGGUCAGGCACAGCUGAGGCAGUCAAUGUGCUUGCGGAGAAUAGAGGAGAAGUUCAUCAGUCAAGAGUAUGACACCAUAACAGAGUUUGUUGCAGACUUCAGGUUGAUGUUGGAGAACUGUUAUCGUUACCAUGGGGUGGACCACUGGAUAUCCAAACAAGCCCAAAAGCUGGAAAUCAUGCUGGAGCAGAAGCUUACAUUGCUAUCCAGGACGCUGCGCGAGAAGACAACCUUAGCAGUGACAUCUAAAGGGCGUUUUGGUGCAGAGGAGGAACGAAGUUCAGGGGGCACCUCAACAAGGAGGAGACUGGCACCCCGUAGCUUGGCUACCAUCACUGUUGGUGGGCAUGAGUCUGUCAUGGUCCAGACCCUACGGCUGGAAGAACAACAGAGGGCCAAGGACGAGAAGAGGCAACGUGAGCUUGAGAAGAAAGAAGCAGAGGAAAUGUCAGCCAAAGAGGUUGAAGAGUGGGAGCAAACUUUGCUGUCACAAGCUUUCCCCCACACUGUGGACACGCUUUGGGAACUCCCUGCUAUAGGGCACUUCCUCUGCCUGGCUCAGACUGCCCUUAACCUCCCAGAGAUUAUAUUUUUUGAGCUGGAGCGUUGUUUGCUGAUGCCCCGCUGCAGCCUACUCCUCUCCAAAAUAAUGUCUUCCCUACUGUCCCCACCACAGCGGAGGGCCACUCUGAACCGCAGGCCUGCCCUGCCUUACCGCCGCUGGGAAUCAGAGCUCAGGCAGCGGGUCAUGAGCUGGUAUCGAGCUGUUGGUGCUUCCCAUGAUCAGCCAGGUCGGGCUGAGCAGCUGGGACUCUGCCACCAGUUUUUCGGCGUCCUUGGGGAGGUGAGUCCUUUGGAGGAGAAACCAUUUCACUUGCUGCCAUUUUACCAGCGAGUAUGGCUUCUGAAGGGUCUGUGUGAUCAUGUGUAUGAGACACAGAAAGACGUACAGGAUGCUCUGCUGUCCCAACCCAUCCAUGAAUGUAGGGAGUCUAUUUUGGGCUAUGACAGCAAGGAGAAUGCCUAUAUACACUUCCCACAUUUCUGUGGGGCAGACCUGAGAAUCUACUGCCAGAGCCCCAGCACACCUCCAGCAUUCCCUUUCCCCUCUGUAUGGGUCAAAAAGGUUGAAAUAGAGCCUGGGAUAGAGGGUGAUGAGUCAGAUGGAAUGAAGGAUGAGGUGGUUAAAAGUGACAGGAGGUGUUAUGGAGACUCCAUGGACACAGGAGAGUCUGAUGAUUGUGAGAAUGAGAGAGCAAGGACACUUGGGGUUUUCAAAGGGGAAGAUUGGGAUGGAGAUGAAGAUAAAAAAGGGUUUAAGUCAUGGUCACUGAAGAAGGAGGAGGGAUCUGAAUCAGGAUCAUCUGAUGGAGACUCCCGUGUUGACUCUAAAUUGAACUUAAAAAUAGGCACUAAUUUCUUAUCCCUUUCACACACUAGUCCUGUCAGAGGAAGAGAUGUGGAAAUGAAUUUGAAGGAAGAGACUCGAGUGCAUCGAUCAAGGCGACUCACAUUAAAACAGGAGCAGGGCUUGUCAUUGGGCUCAAUGCGCACCAUUAAAGCAGAGACACAAGAGCCUUGUUUGAGUGUAGGGGAGCACAGCUACACAGGCAGGUCACCUGCUCGCUCAGUGAGUCAUGCUUCUCCAACCAAAUUGGUGGGACUCAAAAUGGAAGGAGGAAGUGUCAGUCAGGGAGACCAAAGACCUUGUUUGAAAUGCUGUAACAGCAAAACUAGUAAUACUAAAUCUGAGGAGCACUGCUCCUGCUGUGGCACUUCAGGGCAAGCAACACAGUUGUCAUCAGAGAGUGCUCAAAACUCAAGUGAAGAGAGGAUGAAUGACAAAAUCUGGACUAAAAAAAAAAGGCGGAAGAAAAAGCGAGGGAGGGAACAGCUGCCCAGGGUGAAAGGAGAGCACAAGCAGCUGCAGCACGUGGACAGGAUGAGACUGUCCCCAGCUGAGGCUGCCAAGUCUGCACUGCGGAGAGUUGCCACAACGAUCAAAAAAAAAGACAAGAAGAAAAAACAUAAAACAGGAAAAAAGCUUGAAUCAUCAAAGAAAAUUAAAGAUGAACCUUCAGUUGAGCCUUCAUUUAAGUUGGUAUGCACCAAUCUUGAGGAGUUGCGAGAGCUGAUCAGUAAGACAGAAGAUGAGCUUGAUGACCUGGAAAGCACCAAAAAGAGAUUGGGUCGGUGGUAUUAUAGGAGAGAAGCGGUUAAAGACCUUCACAGCACACUAAUCAGACUACUGAAUGAGCUAUCACCUUGGGAGCCCAAACUUGUUAAAGCCUUUCAAAGGAACAGGCUUCGUUUAAAGAAGGAGUCUGAUGAUUUCAAGAAGCACCCAGAGUACAAUAACUUUGUGCGUGAGGAGUGUAUUUCUUCAUCGUCAUCAUCAUCAGAUAAUGAUGAAGAGAAGGGUUUGGGGAAGGAGGCGUGUUUACUCUCGGAUCAUUAUAGAAGAUCAGAGGAGGAAGACCUGGAACACAUCGUUCCUAGAGGCCUUUGGAGUGGAGCAAGCACCAGGGAGUUUGUGGCUGAGACAACUGGAGAAAGAAUGGAGACUCAGGUGACCCAUGUACCUCCCAACAACCUAAAACACCCUCUGGCCAGUGCAGAAAAAGGUGUCAGUCUGCUGCCAAGAGUUCAGACUGGAAGCAGUAAUGAUACUUCAACUGCUGACUCUGGGCCACAGUCUAGAUCUGAACUGAUCUCAUCAAAUCACUCCAGGGAUUCAAAUGCAGCAUGGACAUCAAGGCUUUUAGCCCAGUCUUCACCCAGACCACCAAUUCUCCAUCCCACCACUGGCCUACCUAAGGGCUACACGCCCAUCCCCACCCUGCUGGCUAAGAGUGUGGGAAACAAAGUGACCUUAAUGAAACGGCCUGCUGAUUAUCCAGAGGUCAGUAACAUAGAUAGAGAGAGCAAAGCUUCUUUGGUCUGCCCGCCUACCUCUGGAGUGGCUACCACAAAACUUUCAAAAGCACAAAUUUCUCCAACAAGAUCCCAGCAAAACUCACAACAAGGGCAGGUAUGCAGACUACAACAGACAGAAGUACUAAGACAGCCAGGAAUGGCCUCAGUGACGGCAGCUCUUUAUGAAUCACAGCAGGACAAACCAACCCAGACUGUACCAAAAAAUCCUGUCCAAAUGUUGUACAAGGUACCUGAGAGGCUAGGUCAAAUUGUAAGGUCAGACAGCAGCAGCCCAGUCAAAAUCUCUGUUCAUCCUGUUGUGGACCAAAAUAUUGGGGAGAAAACCAUGCAGCAAGUGGUGAUUCUGCCGUCUAACCUUCUCAUCAACAAAUCUGAAGAAAGGGUGUCUUUGUUACAUCAACAACAGUCUAAGGGCGGUCAGGUCCCAGUUUCUAAAGUGGCCACCCCCUUAUGUAUGUCCACCAAUGUGCCUGGAUUUGCCAUUCCUGAAAACAAAAUCCCUGUUCAACAAGUGGCUCCCCUAAAAGAUGCCAGGACCACUUCUCGUUCUGUUUCCCCUCACUUGCAACAGGGAGCCAUGAAAACAGCAGGAUUCAAGGGGGCACAAAUCUGCAGUCCCCAAGUUAGCACAACACAAGGUGUCAUGCCAAAUCCCUCACCCAUCGCAACGCCUUCUCGUGCAGUUUCUACUGAGCUUAUUAAAUCUACAGACCCUAAACAGGAGCUUAAGACUGUGUGUAUUCGUGACUCACAAUCCAUCCUGGUAACAACUAGAGGAGGUAACACAGGCAUCGUCAAAGUCCAGACAUCCUCAGAUCAGAAUGUGCUUGGUUCUUUGCCAGCCAAUCCAGUCAUCACUAUUUCACCUCAGUUUAAAGCUUUCCUUGUAUCCAAGACGUCACAAACUCUUUCUCCUUCUGCUCCCUCUGCUCCCUCUCAGACUUCCCCUUGCACCCUUCCAUCGGCAACAAAUAUGUCAGUGACCCAUUCUCAGAAGCAGGUUUCUUCAGUAUUAAAGUCCCCUUCCAAGGUCACAACUCCCAUGCUCACUGCACUCACAGGUAGCAUCCCUGUUACAAACCCUGGAAACGAGACUGCAAGCUCAAGUGUUGUCUGUGGUCAAGGCUCCAACAACUCAGCUGGUUCUACAGUUGCAACAAAAAUUGGUCAGAAAACACAAAUGACUGCCGCUGGUUCUCAUUUUCAAACUUCAUUAGUAAAAAACACUGUUGUUGUCCCAUCACUGAGUAGUUGUGGAGUUCCCCAAGUUCUCAAAAAAGCAGAGUUCAUCAGCAAGACAGGUGUGAAACGGGCAAGUACAGAGGAGACUUCCCAACUUACUAAAUUCAUCCUGGUUUCUCCCUCUUCUUCUUCUGCUUCAAAUGUAACCUUAUCGAAAGGUACACCCUCUUCCACAAAAUCACUUCCUGCUUCAAGAGUCAUGUUCAUCAGCCAACCUACAGCAACAUCAUCCACCACUUCUUUAGGAAACAUUCCAAAGCAUGCAGUAGCAGCAGGGCCUAGUGGACAGCUGCUGACCACUUCAUUAUCAAGUCAGACCCUAAAGAUGGGAUUAAGUCCGAGCCAGUGUGUUGGCAACAUCAACUCAGAAACAUUGUCGAAGGUCAAGAGCAUCACUCUGCCCUCAGGGGUUCAUUUCCAGUUGUCAGGGAAGACGACAACCAUUGGAGAGACCAUCGGUGCCCUGUCACGUUCUCCUUCCAAGAGCACACUGGUGUCAGUCUCAGAUACAGGCCGUCCAUCAGCCACCACCACUGGACUGGUCCUGGUUACAAGUUCAGAUCACACCAACACAAGCUCUUCUGACCAGCUUGCAUCUCACGCUUCUCUGACCACCAGCUCUCAACUCCGGGGUGUCCCUUCGUUCACCAUGACCUCCCACCCAGGCUCUUCAACAUCCACAUUCACUGCUGCCACUCAGACUUCAGAAAAUGAGAUCAAGAAGGACCUUGGUAUACCUCCAAAUAUAUUGUCCAGCAAGUUUCCUGUUGAGGUAACCACUACCACUAGCCCAGCCCAAAACUCUACACCCACUCCUGUCCACCAGUCUUCAAAUAUCCAAAGCAGCACUGGCAAGGAAACCACUUUUUCCCCUUCUACACCUCAGCCUGCUGUCAAUAAAAUCCAAGCAUCCAUCUCCUCAGCAACAACCACCAGUACUCAGUUUGCCACCUCUGCUGCUGGCACAAUCCAGCAGAGGAUAGUCAUCAACACCUCUACACCUCUUGCUGCUGGAACACAGAUCCUCCUUAACAAUGCACGUUUUGUAGUCCCUCCGCAGGGUUUGGGGCCAGGCAGCCAUGUCCUUAUCAUCUCUAGCGCUGCACCACAACAAGUGCCUACUGUCAGUGCUAGCAGUGCUGGGGCAUCAGUAUCUCCCCAAGGUGCAAGCCAUGUCACUGUAGCCCCUCAAGAACCAGUUUUACCCCAGUCCCCGGCCAGGCUGCCUAAACUGCCAGGCGUAAGCACUCCCUUUGUAGCAUGCACAUCUGCUGUUGGCCCAUCGUUGUUAACAACCUCUCCCAGUGUCACACCAGUGCAACUAAAAGGAACACCUGGCCUGGGCUCAGCUGUGUUACCUAGUAAAACAAAUGCGGUGUCUGCUCUGCCUAGAUUGAUAGCCACACACGCUGGUAAUUUUGCCUCGCCUCCUGUAGGUACACCUACUCUGGUUUCCUCCCCACCAAGGUUAGGUACUGUACCAGCCUUAGUUACGCCAGUGGUAACCAGUGCCCCUGCUCUAGGGUCAGCGCUGGCCACAAUCAGGCUAGCUGCUGGUGCACCCACAAGAGCUGAAUGUUCAUCCACCAUUUCGCCUGCAGUAGCAUACCCCUUGCCCAGAUUAUCAUCACCUCAUUCAUCCUUGUCUGUUUUACCCAGCCCAUCAGAUCCCACAACCCUCACUUCUGCUGCAGUUCCUGUGGUAGCAGGCACACCAGCUUUACAUUCUUCUGUUUCUGCUAAGCAGGUGGUUUCAUUGACAACCCCAGGCCCAGUCAUACAGCCCCAGCAGACGUCAGUUGGAAUUACAGCACCCCCCACUGCUCUAUCACAGGCUUUGGUGCCCACGGGACUAGACAAUAUGUCAAUCAAAAAAACAGUGCAUGCAGUCAUGCAACCAGUGCUUGCUAGCACACGGACACAAGUAUUGCCAACAGUAGCUGUCCCACCAAUUGUUAGUGCAGUGUCUAGGGUGCAGACGUUGCCUAUUGCUACGGUAACACCAAUUGGAAGUGUUGUCAGCACUUUUGAAACGACACCUGUGGUAACUUCACCUUCUUCCAACAGCGCUGCACUGAUCACCCCAGCUCAACCAAUUACGUCACUCAAGACAAACAACAGCAUCCAUCCACCUGUCCUUCUGACCAAUCAAGCACUUAGAAAGCACUGUCUGCAGACCUCAUCAUUAGGUAUGCAUACCAAUGUAACAUCCAAGCUUCUCAUUAGUCCUGACGGUGCUGUUUUGAGCACAGUUCAGUGCCAGGUUAAUCCAGCAGAGCUGACUGCCUGUCCCAAACCAAUGGAUGCACUGUUGGUUUCCCACAACAGUUCCACUGGAGCACCACACACACAUGAUUCCUCUUUACAGCCUUCUCAGACAGACAGAAAGUGCACCAAUUAACUGAGACUGUGCCAGCUUUGUGAUGACUCAGACACCACUUUUCAUCUGCUUACUUUUGGCAGGGUUCAUAUCUAUUGCUUGUAGUAAUCUUGGGUUUAGCUAAAGAACUGCUUUCCAACUGUAGCUUGACUCAUAACUUACAUUUAGGAUUCAGUAGUUUAUACCCUCUGGUUAGGUCAUCUUAUAGGUAAAUUGUAUUCUGAGACAUCCUAGAAAUGUAUACUGAAAUGGGUUUCUCAAGAGAAAACUGUUGAAGCUUCUCUCAGAUGAAUGUUAUAGACUCUUAACUUUCCUUUUUUUCUACUUCAUGGCCAGUAGUGACAACUGUUAUGACAAAUCACUAGAAAGGGUGGGUAGAUAAAAUAAAUUUCAACUCUAGCUUUUGUAAUAUUUUUCAGUGUUAUUGAAUACUGCUUAAGAAGUAAUAAUUGGGAUGCUCUUCAUUGGCGCAACUGUCUCUUCGUUAUCUGUCAGUUUGAACAAUACAACUGUCUGUAUCGAAAGUCUGUCACAUUGUCUUUUUUUUUUUUUUUUAAACUAGUAACUGAAAACUACAUUUUACCUUUUUAGAAAUAUAAAUAAACUAAUAGAUGAAUUUGUACUACAUGUUUGAGCCCAUAUAAAAUGUUUUGAAGUUACAUUUAUUUAUUUUUACCACAUAGAUUUUUCAAAAAUAUUUACUAGGUACAUUUUCAUUGAACAAAUGUGGACGUUACUGCAUGAAAAUAAACAAUGCGACUGUCCCU